AUGACUUUUACUAGAUCAGAACAUUUGGCAAGACAUAUUAGAAAACAUACUGGUGAAAGGCCAUUCCAAUGUCCAUUUUGUCAAAAGUUCUUCUCUCGUCUUGAUAAUCUCCGCCAACACAAACAAACAGUUCACGCCUACGAAAAUUAUGUUUUGACUCAACAAGAAACUGUCACCAUUGGAGGCGAACCUAAUACUACCGGAGGAAGUCUUCAGCAGCAGCAGCCGCAACAACAGCGACAACCGCUAAAUAUGGAGUUGGGCGCUUCGUCUGCACAACCUUCCAUGUUUGACCAGUCCAGCUUCCAUCAACCGCCUCCUAUCCAUCACCGACAAUUAUCUGGUUUCGAUAACCAGUCGGCGAGAUCCUUUAAAACUCUCAGUAGCAAUGGCUCAGGAUCCGUUAAAACUGCUAUUCUAUCUCCAAGUUCUAGCAGUGUGUCAUCAUCAGUAACCAAUACCCCAACUGCUGGCCAGACAAGUCCAACCAGAUCUCUUUACUUCAGUCCACCUCUACAACAAUCCAAUAGCUUGCCAAUGUUGCAUCAAAAUGGAUUGAUGACCUCGAGCAUAUUACCAAAUAAUUCAAACACUCCUUUGGGAACCACUUCUCUGUUCUCAAAGACGCCACAGUUCAAAGCAGACUCUCGCAAACGUCCACGGCCUCUAAAUCUCAACGUGGAAUAUUCUUCGAACCCAGAACUUGCAACCCACAGACAGACAGCUGUAGAGUAUGCAUCAUCUGUUAGUCAAAAUGAAAACAAAGGUAAUGAUUCUUCAUUUUUUACCCGACUUGCUCUGCCAUUUUCAAAUCAAAGCCAUACUUCAGUCAAUUCUGCCCCUCUUCCUUCGAAUUCUUUUGAUACCGCUUCUAUUUAUUCAAAUAAUAGUGCACAUGCUCCUUCAAUUUACUCAAAUAGCAGUUCAUUUACAAAUUCCAGUGACAAUGGCAUUAGAAUUAGCAGUCCACCUCCGCCAAUUCAUCAAAAUAAUUUCUCCUCAACCACUCCUCCGCAAACUAUUCAACAUAACAGAGGGCAACAAGGCACUAGCCCAUUAGUUUCACCCUAUCAACUGAAAUUCCCGACUGCUUCCCAACCAUCGUCACCAUCAUUCAGUAAUUUCAGUAACGCGACUCAUUUUGAUUCUGUGAAGACUACUCCAACGUCUAGUGCUUUCAGCUCACAGUCAUCUAUUAGAUCAUCUUUCCUGUCGCUGAGUUCUUCUUUGAAUAGUGGUAAUCGUUCUUCGCUUAGCAUGCACAACAAGUUGAACAACAAUAAUAAUAAUCAAACACUCCCUUCGCUACCAAUGGUUUUCUCAAACCAAGCGUCAACAGCGAAACUUUCUGCCUAUCAACAAGCCCAGCUUGCAUCGUCAGGGAAAUUACCAAGUAUCAGUGAAACUAAUCAUCGCACAUCUUCCACUAAUUACUAUAAUAGCGCUGCCGGCAACAGGGUUUCCCUGGCUUCGUCCUCUUCCUCUUCUUGGCUACGUUCAGUGUUGAACAAUGAUGAUAGACGUAUGUCUGUAAAGUCAGAUUUUUCUAUUAAUUCUCAAUUUUCUGUCAACUCAGACUCAAAACUCUACCUUCCACCAUCAAAGCAGCAAUCAAGACAGCAGCAUCAGCAGCAAUACUCUCAGCAACAUCAAUCAUUUGAUUUCUCAGUACAUAGCACUGCUCCACACAGUGCUGGUAGCCCACCAUCAUCAGAUACUCAAGCAAAUCCAUCAUCCUCGCACAAUUUCAAAUCCAUCUCUAAUAAUUCUCUGGCGACAAGAAUCAGUGAUUUGAUGAAUCCUGAAACCACCACUAGCGCUAGAUCCUCCUCGAAUAUCCGCCUACCUGCCCUUUCAUCUCUCAGCUUGAGCUCCGGAUCAGAAACUAACCAUAGACCCAGUGACGGUCCGUUGAGCAAAAAGCCUACCAUUGAGAGCAUGUUAGUGACUGAACCAGCUUCUGAUACUUAUGUGGUCUCACCGGCUGCGGAAUCCAUCAUUGAUACUGCAAUGUCUGGAAGUAACUCUAACUCUGAAUUCAAUUUCACUGGAAAUUCUGCAUCAACCUCUGUUAAUAAACCCAUCCCAACAAUUACUGCUCCUAGCAAUACAACUACCAUUGAAGCUCCAUCUAAUGAUAGCAAUUCAGUCUCCUCUGUUAACACAAUUAAUAAUAAGCAAGACAUCGAUGGAGAUAAAGGAAUGUCUGUUAUUACCAAUAGUAAUAUUACCCCAACCAAGAACCUUGAAUCUAAUUCCAUCUCAACUCCAUCUUCUGAUAGACCUCAACUUCAUCAAUCUAAUUCCUUGGCUAAAAGUAGUAAUGUUGGUAUUUCUUACCAUGGUCAUAUUUCACAUCCUGGAUUCAAAAAAUCGCCAAUUGCAGUUUCUGACAUGCCUCAUGAGAACUAUGAGGACACUGAAAUGGAUGUUGAUAUAGAUGUUGAUCAAGUGGCAGCUGAAGCAGAACAAGAGUUCCUAAAGAAGCAAAUCAGGUAUCGUAAUCCGAAUUUGCCAUCUUCCAUGGAAUUGCAAAACCAGCAGCGGUUUUCACAGGUGUGA